AUGGAGUCGGUACCGGGAGUAUCGGACUUCGACAUGGUGACAGAAUCGAAUCGAUUUAUCCAAAAACCAAUAGCCGUACUUGGCAUGGCUUGCCGGCUACCGGGACAUAGUAAUUCACCUAGGAAGCUGUGGGAGUUUCUGAUGCGAGGAGAGGUAGCAUGGACGGAGGUCCCCAAAUCGCGAUUUAAUAUCAAGGCCUUCUACGAUGGGUCUGACAAACCGGGGACAUUAAGAUCUUCGGGAGCGAUGUUCAUGGAAUCAGUAAACCCAGCAGUGUUCGAUGCAUCAUUCUUUAAUAUUUCACCACAGGAAGCAAUUUCAAUGGAUCCACAGCAGAGAAUAUUGCUCGAGGUUAUUUAUGAAGGACUGGAACAUGCGGGGCUUGCGUUGGAGUCGUUGGCAGGGGAGAAAUAUGGGUGCUUCGUGGGAGGAUAUACUGGAGAUCAUCGGGAACUACUCGCACGCGAUCCGGAUUCUUCGCCAAGCAAUGUGGGCAUUGGCUGUUCAGGGGCGAUGCUGAGCAAUCGGAUCAGUCACUUCCUCGAUAUAAAAGGCCCCAGUAUGCCAGUUGAUACGGCCUGCUCCAGCUCUAUAGUGGCAUUGGAAAUCGCAUGUAAAUUCCUUCACACAGGUGAAAUCAAUGGUGCCAUCGUAGCUGCUUCGAACCUAGUCCUGGACCCUGGGUAUGGAUGCGAUUCCGGGCCUAUCAAAAACACACAUUCACCAACCGGACGGUGUCAUACAUUCGAUGCCAAAGCCGACGGAUACGUCAAAGCGGAGGGCAUCAGCGCCGUAAUCCUAAAGCGUUUCGACGAUGCUAUUCAAGAUGGCGAUCCAAUCCGAGCUGUUAUUCGGGGAACCGCCAGCAAUCACAAUGGCCGUACUCCGGGAAUCGCCUCGCCCAGUGCUGAAGCGCAGGCAGCUGCUAUCCAAAUGGCAUACUCAAAUGCUAACAUUACGGACUAUUCCCUCACUGGGUACCUGGAAUGCCAUGGAACAGGAACAUUGGCGGGAGAUCCGGUCGAAGCGAGGGGCAUUUCAUCGGUCUUUUCGGCCUCUCGACCAUUCGAUAAGCCGCUACAUAUUGGCUCAAUUAAAAGCAACAUAGGGCAUUCAGAGACUGCGGCAGGGCUAUCUGGCCUGAUAAAAGCUAUCAUGGUCCUGGAAACUGGACAGAUUCCGGGGAACCCGACAUUCGAAAACCCGAGCCCUAAAAUUGACUUCCAAGCGCUCAGGUUAAAGGUUCAGAAGAAUGCGAUACCCUUUCCCAACAUGCCCUUUCGGCGGGUAGGGGUCAACAACUUCGGCUUCGGCGGCAGCAAUUCGCAUGUUAUCUUAGAAGAGCCGAAAGCAUUGAUUGACGGCUACCGCCCAGUGCAUACUAGUUCUUAUGACCCUGCGGUUGAAAAUAGUAUACCAGCCGAUGAUCAUAACUGUCACCAGUCCUAUAUACUCUGCUUUUCAGCGAACGACGAAAGGUCUCUCAAGAGAUAUAUUGAAAGGAUUUCCCAGCACUUCGGUGAUCCCAAUGUUCACGCCAAGCUGCGGGACGUAGCGUAUACUUUGAAUAUGCGCAGAAGCCAUCUCUUCCACAGAGGGUACCUUAUCACCAAGCAGUCACAUAAUCUCAACUUUGCGUCUGUCGUGUAUGGGAAGAGAAACAUCUAUCCUCCAAGAUUGGGAUUUGUGUUCACUGGACAAGGAGCGCAAUGGCCAGAAAUGGGCCGAGAGCUUCUUGAAGCGUUUCCUGCAGCGAGGAUGUGCGUUGAAAAUUUAGAUAUCAUCCUUCAAGCCCUCCCAGAUCCGCCGAGUUGGUCCUUGUACGACGAAUUAAUUCAGCCUCGCACGCCCGAACAUACUCGCAAACCUGAGUUUAGUCAGCCACUAGUCACAGCCUUACAGAUGGCUCUUAUCGUAGUACUCGGAAGCUGGCGCAUCUCACCUAAGAGCGUUGUCGGUCACUCGUCUGGAGAGAUUGCUGCAGCGUAUGCUGCUGGCUACGUUACUGACGCAGAAGCUAUAAUUAUUGCAUACCACCGCGGCCUAGCCGCCCACGAGGGACGACAGAAUGACAGUGCUCCUCUAGGAAUGCUUGCUGUGGGCUUAGGCGCAGAGAAAAUUUUGCCCUAUCUUUCUGAAUUUGGAGAGGUACAGAUCGCUUGUUACAAUAGUCCCACCAGCGUGACUUUGUCAGGUGUAGCCAGUGCACUGGAGCAACUUAAAGAGAGACUUACCAAGGACGGUGUCUUCGCUCGUAUGCUACAAGUAGACCUGGCAUAUCAUUCCAACUAUAUGCAUGACAUUGGCGAAGUUUAUGAGAGGCUGUUAAGUCGUGACCUUCCCUCACAAUCUCGCCAAUUCCCCGCAUCGAAUUCCGUGACAAUGGUCUCAUCGGUGACUGGCUGCAAACAAGAAACACCUCCAGAUAUCACGUACUGGAAAACAAACAUGACCUCUCCGGUGCGCUUCGCGGACGCUAUUCGUACCAUGUUAUCUACGAAAGACUCGGUAGACUUCUUGAUCGAGAUUGGCCCAAGCGGGGCUCUCAAAGGCCCCAUUUCUCAAAUUCAGAGCAACCUCUGCGGUGCAGCAACCAGUACCACGUACCAUGCUGCGCUGCAUCGGGACGCAGCCUCCACUCAUUCAACUCUUGCUAUUGCGGGUGAACUAUUUCUUGCCGGCCUACCGAUAAACCUUGAGAAAGUGAACGAGGACACGCAGCACUCUCCGCCAUUGGUAGUCAUUGAUCUGCCAAAUUAUUGCUGGAACCACUCAACACAAUACUGGCAUGAGAGCCAAGCAAGUAAGGACUGGCGCUUUAAGCCAUUCACUCACCAUGACCUGAUCGGAAGUAAGAUCCUUGGAACACCGUGGUCUAAUCCAACAUUCAAGAAAACCUUGAAUCUCGCCCAUCUCCCAUGGCUUCGUGACCAUAAAAUUGGUUCAGACGUUGUCUUCCCUGCGUCCGGAUACAUCGCAAUGGCUGUUGAGGCAAUGUAUCAGGUAAGUUGCAUGCAGCAACCGGAUAUUGCCGCCACCUCCCACGAACUGGGAUACCGGUUACGCAAUAUACGCUUCGAUAUAGCAUUAGUCCUGGAUGACGAGGUAGACUCAGUCAUCUAUCUGGCGAUGAACCCUUCCUCUGGAGCAAACCGAACCUGGUACGAGUUCACUGUAUCGUCCUCACGAGAAAACGUUACUACGACGCACGCUAGCGGAAUGAUCUGCCUUCAAGAGCCUAUCAUGGAUCAUGCUUCCGAGACAGAUAUUACUCCUCUACAGCACUCAUCUCCGGGGCAUCUAUGGACAAAGGCCUGCGCGGAGCUCGGAUACAAUUAUGGGCCAGCGUUCCAUAUUUUGGAACAAGUCGAAGCACGCGCUGGGAAACGGUAUGCUCGCUCCCUUAUUACACUAACCGAUCCUCCUUCAGCCUAUGAACCCCAGUCUUCGUAUCCCUUUCAUCCCGCAGCGCUGGACGGUGCCUUCCGAGCUACUAUGCCUAGCUUUUUUGCGGACAGUAGUAAGGUGUGUGAGGUUCUCAUUCCGGCUAUGGUGGACGACAUGGUCAUCAAUCCUAAUCAAGCUCGACAUCACGUCGGUAUGGCAGUAGCCUCGUGCAAGUAUUCUGGGCGCGGGCGUAAGGAUACUGGGAAAAGCUACUUAGGAAACGUUUCUGUCUACGAUCCAACCAGUGGUGCCCUGCUCAUCCGGGUGACAGGGUUAUCCAAUCACCAAAUUGAUCUUGGGAUUGACCCUUUGUCUCGACACACUCUGACACAGGAUAUAAUAAAGCCAGACAUCAGCACACUGAGCCAGGAGUCAAUAAACAAGCUCAGUUAUGGUCAUCGCGAGAUGAUCCCACUAUUGCUAGAGUUAGCCGUACACAAGAAACCCUCCCUGAAAGUACUCGAGGUCGACCUUGACUCAGGUGGCCUGUAUAGUCUUUGGCUCGAAUUUCUGCAAGUUUCUGGUGCAGCUCACCAACAAUACUGCUUCAAGGCGCUCGAUGAAGUACUUAUUACCGAUAUUAAGGGCUUAUAUGAGGACAAAACAAAUUGUUCUUUUGGCGUCAUCGAUCGUGAGGGCAGCCGAUUAGGCUUUGCGGAGGAGGACAUAUUCGACCUGGUCAUCCUCAAAGGCAUCUCACCGUUGACUAAUAAGUCAUCGUUGGUUGUAGAUGCUGUAAGGGGCCUGGUAUCACCCGACGGACACGUUAUAGUGAUUGACCAUUCGGCUCCUGGCCGCGUUAUCGCCCCCAGAUAUUCUUUAGGGGGCAAGAUUAAAGAGCUCGCGUUUUCAAAAGUUCUAUCAGUUCCACAUCAGCAGAGCAAGGUCCUCUUAUGUUCCCCCUCUGGUGGUCUAUCAGCGACAGAGAAGGAACUCCAUGUGGUUUAUUUCGAAGAGACCACCCGUUUUCCACUUGUAACUCAGAAAUACCUGGAACAAAAAGGAUGGCACGUCAUUGAACAUAAAUGUCCUAGCGAAGAUGUUCCAGCAGGGGCCACAGUUCUCAUUAUCGACGAGAAAUUUGAACCAGUAUUAACGCACGUCUCCAAAGUACAGUGGCUUUGUCUUCGUCGGCUAGUCACCCGCAGUUGUAAGCUUCUCUGGGUAACGCAAGGCGGCCAGAUGUCAGCACCUAAACCUGACAACGCCCUUGUUGUUGGAUUAUUACGAUCCAUUCGCUCUGAGGAUCCCAACGCGACUGCGAUGACCUUAGAUAUGCACAGUCUCGAUGAUUCACACCUGGCGCAUUGUAUAGCUGUGGUUCUGGGGCAACUUCAGCGUCCGCAAGACAGGUGGAUUUCUGACAGCGAGUACGUUGAAUACAACGGCAUCCUGCACGUCCACCGUAUCGUCCCGUACUGCCCUUUGAACCAUGAAGUUAAAUCUUGGAUGAAGGAACCCGUUAUAAAAUGUCUGUCGAGCAACGAAGCCAUGACGCAACUUAGGGCUGAAAAAAUAGGCACGUUGGACGGAUUACACUUUGCUGAAGUGUCAAACGAUCCUCCUCCGGAAGGCCAUGUGGAAAUUGAGGUCAAGGCAGUCGGAUUGAAUUUCAAAGAUGUGGCAGUCGCCAUGGGCAUAGUACCAGAAAACGAAUAUUUACUGGGCCUGGAGGGCUCUGGAAUUAUUCGUCGUGUUUCAGCGCACGUCGAUCACAGCAUAAUAGACAACCGAGUGGUGUUCAUGGCUAAAGGGGCAGUGGCCAACCGCAUCCACGUUCCCUUGGAAUUCACACACACUAUUCCUGAUGUAAUGUCCUACGAAGAGGCAGCUACCAUACCGGUUGUAUUCUGUACUGCUCUUUACGCCUUGUGUGAUAUGGGUAAUCUCCGUCGUGGCCAAACUGUGCUUAUCCACUCUGCCGCCGGCGGUGUGGGCAUUGCCUGCAUACAGCUGGCCCAGUAUAUUGGCGCAGACAUUUACGUGACAGUUAGCACAGAAGAGAAGCGCUCGUUUCUACACAAAACAUUUGGAAUCCCAUAUGAGCACAUGUCCUCAUCGCGAUGCCCGAAAUUCGCAGCCGAGAUUAUGAAAGCCACAAAUGGCAAGGGCAUCGACGUUAUUGUAAACUCCCUCACGGGUGACCUGCUAGAUGCCACCUGGCGGAUCUGCUCAGAUGGUGGAAUUAUGGUUGAACUUGGCAAAAGAGACAUUGUCCAGCGCAAUUACCUAUCUAUGGAGCCUUUCGAUCGAGGCUGUUCAUUUCGCGCAGUGGACCUCUCACAUGGGGAGUUGCUACAGAAAGUGCCAGGCCUCCUAAAGCGCAUCUUCGCACUUCAAGCCGAAAAUCACAUCCGGCCUAUCGCCCCAAUUACAACCUUCUCCAUGACCCAGACCCCAGAAGCUUUCGCGUAUAUACGCAGUGGCCGCCACAUAGGCAAAGUUGUUAUCCGCGAUGAAGUCGAAAUGGCAGAACAGAAAGUACCUAUGCGAUCUCUACGCAAAGACCUCUCCUUCCAUGAUGGAUUGGCAUAUUUUAUUGUCGGUGGGCUCAAGGGCCUCUGUGGCAGCCUGGCCAAGCAUUUGGCGCACCGCGGAGCCCGACAUUUGGUCGUCAUGUCCCGCAGCGGAUGCACCGACAGUCGCUCGCAGAAGGUCAUGGCACAUUGCCAAUCGCUUGGGUGCGAAGUACAUAUCUGCCGCGGCGAUGUGUCGCGCAUUCUCGACGUCCGACGGGCAUUUAUGACGGCUCCUGCCCCUAUCGGAGGCAUCGUGCAAGGAGUGAUGGCACUUCGGGACCGGCCUUACGAAAUGAUGACGGUCGAGGAAUAUCACCAGUCUAUCGAGGGGAAGGUGCAAGGUACUUGGAAUCUUCACCAUGUAUCGGUGGAAAAUGGACGUCGUCUUGAUUUCUUCCUGCUGCUGUCCAGUAUCUCCAGCGUAGUCGGAAGCCCAGGCCAAGCCAACUACUCGGCCGCAAACAGCUUCUUGGAUUCCUUUGCGGUGUAUCGCCGAUCGAUGGGUCUCGCUGCUCAAACAGUUAAUCUAGGCGUGGUGGAAGACGUGGGUGCUGUCGCCGAGUCGCAGGACUUGUUGCAACGCCAUCAGGCGUCCAACGAAUUGAUUGGCAUACCUGAUCGUGUGCUGCAUUGUAUAUUGGACUGUUCUCUCCGGCACCAAUACCUCACGACACUCACUUCGGACUCCCACCAUCCAAAACAUAAGCGUCCAUGCCGUCUAAUUACAGGACUAAAGGUCCCCCAAGAUCCCGCAAAAUCCGGCCUUCGAUUUGACCCGCGCUUCCAAGGGCUGUUCAUCGCCAAUGACGUGUCAUCCGACUCCGAAACAGGAAGAAACGGCACCGACGACAUUGGUACCGCAGUGCAAAGCUUCCGCGCCCGUGUUUGCUCCGGAGCAACAGCAGAAGAGCUCCUCGAGUUGUGUCUGCAGAUUCUUACAGCUCGGCUGGUGCAGAUGUUGCGUAGGAGCGCCGAACAAUGGAUUGAACCAGGACAACCAUUAUCAGUGUACGGACUGGAUUCGUUGUCAACAGUUGAACUGCGAAACUGGAUCAAGGCUGAGAUGGGCGCCAAAGUAACGACGUUCGAUAUACUUAGUGCCAAUAGUUUAAUCAUGUUAGGGGAACGUUUGGGGAAGACUAGCCAGUCCCGAGAAUGGAUGGACGAUUGUCUGCGGAAGAACCCAAGCUACGCAUCCGAAAUCAUAACCGACCAGUCAGGCGAGCGGUUUAUCAGAAAGAACUUCGCCUUUCGUCCUGAUAUUAUCGAAACUUACCUCGCCCUCUCCCUCCCGAUUCAUAGAGCAGAUUUUCUUCGUUAUCUAAUACUGUUCGCUGAAGGCGGAAUCUGGUUCGAUCCCAAUGUCUCGUGUGAAGACACGCCUAUAAACAACUGGAUCCCGAGGGGAUUCAAGGAUGUGGUUAGUCUCGUCGUUGGAUUGGAGUUCGAUGCGGGCUACGAUGAAGAUAUUGUCCGUCAGUUUGCGACAUGGACCAUAGUGGCGGCGCCCAGGUCACCACAUAUAUUGAGGGUGAUCGACGACAUUGUGGAUGCUGUGCGUGAGGCAACUCAAGGAGGCGAUGUUUCCGGGGAUACGUUUGGUGAUGUGGUGAAUUUUACUGGUCCUGGGGGAUUUACCCGAGGGAUAUUUAAGAGUUUGGGGUUGGCUAUAGAGGGAACAUUUGUCAAAGAAAAGAUGUUUAAUGUUGUGAGACCGGUUUUAGUUGAGGACGUUAUGAUCAUGCCUGGGUAUUCGUUCGCAGCAUCGAUAAAUACGUACGAUAAUCCCAAUGUGGUCGGCCCUCCGUUGGUCAGGCACCAUAAUGUUGGCAGUUAG